CAGAAUAUACCUACCUUGAUCUAAUCUACGCACACCAGUUUCAACUGCGUGAUAUGGUACCUUUUUGGCCUACUGGAAGCGUGCAUUAGCAGUCAUGCGGUUGCCCACCGAGUUGAUUCUCAUGAUAGCAGAGCAGACGGCAGAAAGGGACUUGAGCGCUCUAGCCCGCGUGAGUCGAGAGUUCCACGCUAUCCUCGUCGACCACCUUUAUCAGAUCAAUAUCAGGCGGCACGACGGAGCAGGAAUAUGCCAGGCAGCCAUUUUUGGAAGCUUGCCGGCAGUUAAACGAUUCUUGACUAUGGGUAUCGACGUGCGGCAGGGAUAUGCGCCCACGUCCACGUCUCGCUAUAACGAGUUCCUGGGAGGAAACCUGGAGCACCCAUUGCUCCACGCGACUCAGCAUGGACAUGUUGAAUUAGUUCAGUACUUGCUCGAGGAAGGCUCAGAUCCCGAUGUGCGCGCCGGAAACAGACUAACACCACUCCUUAUUGCUUCGAGGACCGGAUCCCUCUCGAUUGUCCGAGCGCUGAAGGAAGCAGGCGGCGACGGCAGAUUACACGCGGUGGGUGAUCCGAAUUUCCUCGAGAUGUUUCAAAGAACUCCUAUCAGAGAAGCCGCGUAUGGGGGACAUUUGAAUGUGGUGAAAUACCUCUUUUCCGUUUCCGAAACAGGAGAAACCCGCUCCCUUGCAUCUGAAUGCUUUCCUGAAGCGGCUGCAUCGGGGAACAUGGAGCUAGUCUUAUACCUCCUCGAGAAAGGCUCAGAGGUCAACCACCGGGGUUGGGUAUUCGAAGGACCACAUGCUCGCGACUGGGGUAGCGCUCUAUCGUUUGCAGUCAAGUAUAACCAUCCAGAUAUGGUGCGACUACUGCUUAAGAACAACGCUCGUAUCGAGUCAGCAAUUGGAUCUGGUACCGCUCGCGUUGGAACAACCCUUUUCAGGCUGGCGGUCCGCUUGGGAUUUGGUGAGGUGCUCAAGGUACUACUAGAUCAUGAUUUCCCGGAGGAACAUGUCCCCGACCUUGAUGACCUGUUACACUGCGCGAUCUUUAACGGCCAAACGACAAUUGUUGAGGGCCUCUUGACUAGGCUACACGAUGACACGGGCACCCUCUACUUUGCUAUGGAAGAUGCUAUAAAUUUUGGCCAUGCCGACAUCGUUGAGCUAUUGCUCAAGAAGGGCUUCAACACAGACGAAGCAAUGCUCAUGGCGGUUGUCGAUGGUCGAAAGAAGAUUGUGGAAUGACUUUUGAGACGUGGAAUUGACCCGAAUUCUCCCACUGCACCCAGAAGCCCUC